CCCCUUCACUCACUCGUAGUAUAGUAGUAGGCUAAACUGAUCCACGCGCGCGCCUGCAUCAUCCGCGCGCACCUGCCCACUCCCUGCGCGAGGCUGCGCGAGACGCUUCCGUUUUUUCCCGCCACCCGGGCCUGGCGCGCGCUCCUGGAUCAGCGCGUGUGAGUGAGCGAGGAAGCGAGCGAGCGCGUGAGUGAGUGAGUGAGUUAGAGGGACAGUGAGAAGAAGAGAGAGAGAGAGAGAGAGAGAGAGAAAGCAAGCGCGCGCAUGCACGCACGCACGCGUGUGAAAUAGUCGCACGCGACCGAAGCAUCCCGUAUCGAGUCGCCCCAUGUCGAAGAAACGCAAAACUCCAGACGACGGAGGAGAGGAAAGAGGAAGAGGAGGAGGGAGAGGAAGAGGAGGAGGAAGAGGAGGAGGAGGAAGAGACCUCGCGAGUGCUGAGGAUUCCUGCGAUGAACAAGGUCUGACGGAUGAGAAAGUUAAGGCCUACCUUUCCUUGCACCCCCAGAUGCUGGACGAGUUUGUGCUGGAGAGCGUGAGCACGGAGACGGUGGACAGAUGGCUGAAACGGAAGAGCAGCAGCCGGCCUGGAGAUGAGUCCUCAACUAAAGAAGUCAGCAGGCAGUACCAGGACACCAACAUGCAGGGCGUGGUUUACGAGCUCAACAGCUACAUGGAGCAGCGGCUGGACACGGGAGGAGACAACAAACUCCUGCUGUACGAGUUGUGCAACAUCAUCAAAACAGCCACAAAAGCUGAUGGUUUUGCACUUUACUUCCUUGGAGAAUGCAACAAUAGCCUCUGUUUGUUCACGCCCACGGGGGCAAAGGAGGGGCUUCCUGGGCUCAUCCCCUCCGGUCCCAUCGCGUUUGGGACCACCAUCGCUGCUCAUGUCGCCAAGACACGCAAGACACUACUAGUAGAAGACAUCAUGGGGGACGAGCGGUUCCCCCGUGGCACAGGGCAGGACUCAGGGAUUCGUGUUCACUCUGUUCUGUGUCUCCCCAUCCUCACCGCCAUCGGUGACCUCAUCGCCGUGCUGGAGCUCCACCGACACCUGGGCCAAGAACCUUUCAACCUCAGCCAUCAGGAGGUUGCCACAGCAAACCUGGCAUGGGCGUCUGUAGCUAUUCACCAAGUGCAGGUCUGCAGAGGUCUUGCCAAGCAGACAGAGCUCAACGACUUCCUUCUAGAUGUGUCAAAAACAUACUUCGACAACAUAGUGGCAAUAGAUUCUCUACUUGAACAUAUUAUGAUAUAUGCAAAAAACCUGGUGAAUGCAGACAGAUGUGCCCUCUUCCAGGUCGAUCACAAUAACAAAGAACUGUACUCUGACCUGUUCGAUAUCGGGGAGGAGAACGAAGGGAAACCAGUCUUUAGGAAAACCAAAGAAAUCAGGUUUUCUAUAGAGAAAGGCAUUGCUGGUCAGGUGGCGCGAACAGGAGAGGUGUUGAAUAUUCCAGAUGCCUAUGCAGACCCACGGUUCAACAGAGAAGUGGACCACUACACUGGUUACACGACGAGGAACAUCCUGUGCAUGCCCAUCGUCAGCCGGGGGACCGUCAUCGGCGUGGUGCAGAUGGUGAACAAGCUGAGCGGAAGUGCCUUCACUAAAACUGACGAGAACAACUUCAAGAUGUUCGCUGUCUUCUGUGCUCUGGCCUUACACUGUGCUAAUAUGUAUCACCGAAUCAGACAUUCAGAGUGUAUCUACAGAGUGACGAUGGAGAAGCUUUCAUACCACAGUAUCUGCACGUCGGAGGAGUGGAAGACCCUCACACAGCUGUCCCUUCCUGACCCCAUAUAUAAAGAGAUUGAGCUGUUCCAUUUCGACAUCAGCCCGUAUGAGGAGCUCUGGCCCGCGGUUUUUGUGUACAUGAUUCACAAUUCAUGUGGAAAAUCCAGUUUUGAGCUGGAGAAACUGUGUCGCUUCACGAUGUCGGUGCGGAAGAAUUACAGACGAGUUCCGUACCACAACUGGAAGCACGCGGUAACGGUGGCGCACUGCAUGUACGCCAUCCUGCAGAAAACCUCUGGAAUCUUCACCGAACUGGAGAAGAAAGGUCUGCUGAUAGCCUGCCUGUGUCACGACCUGGAUCACCGGGGCUACAGCAACAGCUACCUGCAGAAGUUUGACCAUCCACUGGCCGCCCUCUACUCGACCUCCACCAUGGAGCAGCACCACUUCUCCCAGACCGUGUCCAUCCUGCAGCUGGAAGGGCACAAUAUUUUCUCCAACCUGACUUCCAGCGAGUAUGAGCAGGUGCUGGAGAUCAUCCGCAAGGCCAUCAUCGCCACGGACCUGGCCCUGUACUUCGGCAACCGCAAGCAGAUCGCCGAACUGCUGAGCACGGGAGCGCUGGACCUGAACAACCACGCCCACAGGGAUCGUGUGAUUGGUCUGAUGAUGACUGCGUGUGAUCUCUGCUCUGUUACGAAACUGUGGCCUGUCACUCGCCUCACAGCCAAUGAUAUCUACGCAGAGUUCUGGUCUGAGGGGGACGAGAUGAAGAAGAUAGGAAUGCAGCCCAUUCCGAUGAUGGACCGGGAUAAGAAGGACGAGGUUCCACAGGGCCAGGUGGGGUUUUAUAACGCUGUGGCCAUUCCCUGUUACACCACCCUGGUAGAGCUGUUCCCUCCCUCUGCUCCUCUUCUCAGUGCCUGCAGGGAGAACCUGGGCCAGUGGGAGAAAAUAGUACGAGGAGACGAUCCGUCCGCCUGGGUCCCGGCCGAGGAGAUCGCUCCGGAGCAGUUACCCGAAAGCGGGCCGGUCAAAGUGGACAACUGACCACACGCGCCGCCGAACCCUGCCAGAGACACUGGACUUCCUUUAGAACCGCCCCACUUCCUGUGGAGGCGAGAGGGAGCAGAGCGGCCGGGCAGGAGAGGUGAUAUUCACCCAGCAACUAAAGGAAGAAUGAAGAAUUUAAAAAAAUAUAUGAAAAAAAAGACAUGAUGAAACAUGGAGUUACCUCAGCGGGUGACGGAGGUGUGGAGCUCGGACCCGGCGGCGUGCGGAGCUCUCUGCGUCAGAUUCGGACUUCUUCUUUACCACGGUUGCUUUUUGCAUUUUUCUUGGAUUGUUUUUUUUUUUUUGUUAGUUUUUUUGUUUCUUGAUCUGUUUUUUUUUUUUUGGUUUUGUUUGAUUUUGUUUGUUUCGGGGUCAAUUCCAUUUCAACGUUUCUUUUUGUGGUCUUAAAUUUAAAGAGGCCUUAAGAUCUGAACCUCCAGGGACGAGGUUCAGGUCGUCUGAAAUGGUACUUUUUUAUUCCUGCUGUGGUCAAAAAAAAAAAAAAAUUAUAGCAUAGCCUGCUCGGGACUUGCUAUUUUUUUUUUUUUUUUUUAAGAGAGACAAAAGGAAUGUUUAGUGAAGGUGCACGAGGAGCGGCCGAGCUCUCGGCGCUGUCGCCGCCGCUCCGCCGUUUUGUGCAGAAUUCUUUUUCGCAGUACUUGAAGAAAUGAAGAAAUACAGCCUAUUCUAUGUGGGGAGGAGAAAAAAAAAAAAACGAGAGAGAAAAACAGGAACCCUGCAGCGUAUCUGUCCAAAGCUAAGAGCUGCUCUGACGGCAGAAGUUAGAUAAUUCUGAACCUUACCGGAGUCACACGAGAGUCACAAUGUUCCUCACCAAAAUCUAUGACCGUUCAACCUGAUCUACAAAUCAGCUUUUGAUCCUCUAGUUCCAGAGGCAAUCCGUUCAUUUCAGAAAAAGAGCAGUGAUAUACAUUCCACACUGAGCGCUGACUCAUUACAGUGUGCAGCAACACACACAGAAUAGAAGAAUUAGUGAUUUAUCCUUAUUUUUAAUAAAAUUAAUAUUAAUAUUGAAAUCGGCAGAACUCUAGAGUGAAAAAUCUAGAGUGUUUAUUUUCGGGUGAAUAAAUGAAUUUACGUUACUCAACACACACACACACACACACAACCAGGAGCAUCGAUGCAGAAGAUGAGCCAUUAUUCAAACAUGUUCUUCAGUGCUUCAUUCUUUCUGAUCAUAUUUCCUGAAUUUUGAGAUAAAAAAAAAAAAACAAGACAAUAAUCACUAUGCUGGGUCCAGGCUCGCUCGCUCCUCGCUCCUUUUCCUGAGGAUUCGUUCUAAAAGCAGCUCAGAUCAAGCUUCACACAUCCAGUUUACUCUUUUGUAGAAUUAAAUUCAAUUAAACCUAAUUGAAUUAAGAGACCAGACCAUAAAGACCGAGGCUAAUGAAAGACUCGAACCAGUAAAAGUUCCUCCGAUUCUCAUCUUUACGACCUGAAUCCUGAUUUAUUUAAGUGCAAUUAAGACUUUAUUAAGAUUUUAGUAAGACGUAGUAAUAACUGAAUAAAUAAUUGAAUCCUCUGGGAUUGUAAGGCGUGUGGAUGGAUGGUGGUGAUGAAUUUGAUGGAUGUUGAGUGAGGAGAGAGUGGCGGGUCUUCAGUGUGUAUUGCUUUACUGAAUUCAGUAGCUGAACUGAGCUAAACACUGAACAAUUUAUCAUAAAUCAAACCCACGUCCACAAAGAAAUUAAGAGGCCUUUAAAUAUAAUAAAAAACUGAUUUUCAGACUGGAUUAAACAUGGUUACUUUCAGUGAUAAAUCUGCAUUCAGAAUGUCCUGAUGUCCUGAUGUCUUAAUCAUCUCUGUCUGGGAAACUAAACCUAAAUUUAGUCCAUAAACUAAACCUAAAUGUAAAUUUAAAUGUAAAAAAAAUCUAAAUUCUUCCCUAUAGCCUAUAAAAUGGCUAUUACACUAAUAAUAUACACUUACACAGAGAACACAGUGUGUUGUUCAUUUAUAGAAUAUAUUCAAAAUAAUUGCAAAAUAAGAAAAAAGUGCUUAAAGACCAUUUUUCUUCUUAAACGUUGCGUAAUUAAAGCACAAUUAAUUGAAUUCAAUUGUUAAAUGCCGAAAAAUAAAAAGCAAAGAUAUUAAAUGAAGCUGAGAUGAAUGCCCUGAAUAAAUGGUUGGCCGUUUUAUCCAAUCAGCUUCACUCAUCAGCGUGAAUCGGCUCCAUCAGCUCCGUUACAGCAGAUCACUGAGGGGUUCAGGGGUACUGAAGGAGUACACCGUCCCAUACGCUCAACUGUGUCCAUUAACAACCGCCUCCUAUCAACUGCAUUAGGGGUGUGUGCGUGUGUGUGUGUGUGUGCGUGUGUGUGUGUGUGUGUGUGCGCGCACGUGUGUGUAAGUGUAGGUAAAGUUGAUGUUUGGGGACGUAAGCUACACUCUUAUGGUGCUAUCUUAGGCAGUCAUGCACUUUCUGAUUCUGCGUGUGUUUGUGUGCGUGUGUGUUUGCAUGCUUAGGUGUGUGUGAGUGAGUGUGUGAGUGCGUGUGUGUGUGUGUGUGUGUUAUCUUUUGGCCAAUGCCAUAAUUCCAGCUCCCCUCCGGAAAAAAAAAACGAACAUCAGUCUGAAGUGAGAGAAAUGCACAGCGUCAGAACCUCAAUCACAAACAUCACACCCCUGUUUCUCUCCCUCAUAUGCACUAUGUUUAGAGACUAUUAUUAUUAUCAUUAUUAUUAUUAUUAUGGUUGUUAUGAAUAUUAUUAUUGUUCCUAUUAUAUUACUAUUAUUACCACAAUUAUUGGUGAUUACCAUUGUUAUUUUCUUAAUUAGAAUUCGAUUUUAAAUUAACUUAUAUUUUUUAUACAAAAUAGAAAGUUAGCGUUUUUUGUUUUGUACAGAGCAGAAUUGUGCAUCAUGAAGAAAUGUAUGGUCAUGUAGACCCACUGCAUACUGUUGCCCAAAAUAAAUGAGGAAUGUCUUGACUGUAAAUAUAAGAGCAGUUUUAUUAUAUUUAAUUUUAUUAAAUAUUUCUGAAAAAUUG